ACGUACAUGAAAAUGAAGCGCAUAAUUUUCGUUCUUUAAGAUAUUUCAAUCACAUACAUUUUUGUACAAAAUAUAGCUAAAUUAUACUGAUCACGUUAAAGUUGAGAAUAACUCUUUAUAAGGAUGUGUUGAAUACAUCAGAAUUUUCAGUUUCUUUUUUGUUAACCCACUAGAUAGGGUCAAGAAGGUAUACAAACGAAAAUGGCAAGGGAACCGGACGAAGAAUUGAAGAAGGCGUUCUCUCAACUCCAUGAGAAAAUGAUCGACACUACGCAAAAAUUGAAAUUGGCGGAUAUGCAGAUUGAAAAGUUAAAACGGUCCAAACAACGGGCCGAACUUACCCUCAAAGAGCUAACCUCUUACCCGGAGAACACGAUGACGUAUGUAUCUGCCGGUAGAGGGUUCUUUUUGGACGACAUCAAUAACGUUAAAAUUGAUCUUGACAAACGAAUGAAGUAUGCUGACGAGAAAGUGAAAACUUUAGAGAACAACAAGACGUACUUGCAACAGAACUUGAAAGAGUGUGAAAACAAUAUUAGGGAAAUGGUUCAGCAAAAGCAGAACAAAGACACCUCUGGUUAACGUUUCAAUCUUUGAAACUUUUUCUUAUCUUCAAUCACCAUGGAAAUAUGAUGGAAAUUUCAUAUUUUCUUUCAUUACUUUAUUGAUUUAUUUGUUUUUGUUGCAUCUAUAAGAAAUCAUGUCUCUGUAAUUUAAAUAAUAAAAAAACUGCACAAUUCAAUACUCGA